CAGCUGACCACCUACCUCACCCACUCAAUCCGCGAGGACCUCACCCUCGAAGCGCAGCUCCUCCUCCUCUCCUUCGCCAUCGGCAUCCAAGACGCCGCCGCCUGGCGGGAUUAUGGCUGCUUUGCCUCCAAUCAAACGGGCAACCUCCUCUUCCUGGCGAUCGGGGGCGCCGGACUCGCCGACUCGGGGGAUUACUCCUUCCGGCAUCUGGGAAUGAGCCUGGGCGCGUUCGUGGCGGGCGGUCUGGUGCUGGGUCAGCUGGGGAACUGGCUGGGUGCCGUGCGGCGGCGCUGGUGGUUGUUGGCUUCUAGUCUGCUGCAGACGGGGAUGGUCUUUGCCGCGGCGGGGAUGUGUGGCCUGCCUCCUCAUUCAAACUCACAACCGGCUGAGGCCAAGCAGGAUGGGGCAACGACGCUGGCGACGCUGUUUCUGCUGGCGUUCUCGUCCGGGGCGCAGGUGGCCAUGGGCCGGGCGCUGAAAAUCACGGAUAUCACGACGGCGAUGGCGACUGCGGCGUAUGUGGACGUGGUCAUUGAUCCAGAUCUGCUGAGAUGGGGGAAUCGGAAGAGGAAUCGCAGGGUCCUGUUUUUGGGGCUGUUGACGGCCGGGUGUUUUGUGGGGGCGGCGGUGGAGAAGGUCGCGGGCUCGAGGGUUACGUUGCUGGUUUGUGCGGGGUGUAAGGCUUUUGUUACGCUGGUUUUUCUUUUUACCCCGGGGGUGGAGGAG